AUGUCUCUCAUAGAUGGCCUUGUACCAGGCCUAGCUAAUCUUGACUAUCUGCUAAUGUAUUCGUUUUUCUUACAGGCAGAUGAAAGUAAUGGUACAAUUCAUAAGAGUAGCGUGCCAGUUUCAACGGCUGUGAAUAGUCAAUCAUGUUCUUCCUCCAAAAUCUCAUCGCCAGUCACAGUGGAAUCACGUCGGAUUUCAUCCUCUCCUCACUCUGCUACCUCACCAUACCAUUCGACAUCGGCAUCAGUACCAAGAACAUUGCCUUCUCCCAUCGUACAGCACCAUGGUACAACCAGCCCAGUGUCUUCACCUCACUCAAAUGCCGCCGCUGCUGCAGUGGCAGCUGCUGCCCAAGCCAACCAUAUUUGGGCAAACAAUUCAUCAGGAUACAAUGCGUCCAUUGUUGCUGCAGCCGCAGCUGCAGCUGCAGCAGCUGCUGCUGCUGCCAAUGAUCAAGACAUGCCCUUAAAUCUGUCCAAACCAAGAUAUGAAAUGAAACUUGAAAAGUCCUCAUCUGAAGACUCUGUCAAUUUAGGUGCAUCCCAAACUAAAGCAGAACAAAUCAUCACCCCACCACCAGCUCAUAGCAACCAUCAGCGUCAACCAUUAACCUCUUCCCCAACAGACAUGUCAACUUUAGUUGGUAGCAGGACUCCUUUUGGUGUUGCCCAACCCCCACAAUAUGUGAGCAAUCCAUACCUAAGUCUUCCCAAUCAUGUUUCAGUUCCAGGAGGAUUAAAUUUGAACAAUCUCUCUCCCCAUGCGGCCACACUUAAUGGCAAACCUUCUCCAUCUGAAACAGAAAAGAAUUUUAUGUAUCCUCAGGAAAGUCUGGUACAGGAGGUGUUCGUGCGACAGUUAUCACAGUCUGUGAAUAACCAGGUAUUCCCAAUGCAUUUACCACUAUAUGCAGUACCAUCAACAACAAUGCCACAACUUUCCCAGCUGGGUCCAUGUAAAGACAAUAGAGUAAUGAUACCAUCAGAGAUGCCUCAUGAUGAUAACCAAACCACUUAUGUCCAGCAUCUUCAGAGUAAAAUGUUUGGUGCCAAAAUAAUAAGAGCACAUAAAGAGAAACCUGACCCCUCAAAGCCCCACGUAAAACGACCAAUGAAUGCCUUCAUGGUGUGGGCAAGAGAAGAGCGAAGAAAAAUUCUGAAGGCCUGUCCUGAUAUGCACAAUUCCAACAUUAGCAAAAUAUUGGGGGCCAAGUGGAAAGCUAUGUCAAAUGCAGAGAAACAACCCUACUAUGAGGAACAGUCGCGUUUGAGUAAACUGCAUAUGGAAAAACAUCCAGAUUAUCGAUAUCGACCAAGGCCAAAGAGGACAUGUAUUGUUGAUGGAAAAAAGCUUCGAAUAUCCGAGUAUAAAGCUUUAAUGAAAAGCAGACGGCAAGACAUCCGACGAGUCUGGUACAAUGAGAGUGGAACAACUUAUGUUGAAGAUGUUUCAAUGUUGAACAAGUCUCUUGGAAAUGAUGUCAGUUUAGAGAACAACAAAUACGGCAACCUGUGGCCAGGCAAUGAGAAUAUGAAUUCCCCAUUUGACGCAAACCAGCUAAUUGGCUCAAGCAGUUCUGGCAACAUUGACAAUGACAGAGACUACCCCGUGAAAACUAAACAAGAAGACACUAACAGCGAAGAUGGUGAUGCCAGUGACAUCAAUGAUGUAAUGUCGGACAACAGUAUGGAUGCCUCGUACAGUACAGCUGGUAGUAACAGUUCUAACUUGCAAAUAGGCGAAGUUGCUGCUUCUGUAUCCUAG